UCAGUCGAAUCGCGAGCGUUCGAAGGUCAAGGGUUCGAGUCUUUUAUCCGAUUUCGGGCGAAUUUGACGAGCGAGUAUCGAGAACGUUGAAUUCAAGUACUCGUGAUCUCGAUCUAUUAUUUUGAUCUCGCGAGCGAUGUUCGUAAUCCUCAGUAGCUGUCUCGCGUUCCGUUCGUCGAUCUUUCCGGAAAUCUCGCGAAGUUGGCCGCGCGAUUGCGUUGCUAUGCCAUCUUCCACUAAUCGCCGAUCAGUUCGCGUCGCACCCUUUUCCUGCUUAGUCGAAUCGCGAUCGUUUCGGGAAGACGAGAUGACUUUAUCCGAUUCGAAGCGAAUUUUGCGCACGAGCGAGUAUCGGGAAUACGACUCUAACAACGUGCGCGAUCGCCCGGUAUAUUAAUCGCAGUUUGAACGACUGCAAUUAACUGCAAUUAACAAUUAACUGUCGAAUCGUUUCGCGUCCCGUCGCGAAUCGACGCCAUGUUCGUCGAUAAAUAUUCGUUAUCGCGUCUCGCGCAUAUUUCGCGGCGCGAAUGUCAUCAUCCAGCAUUCAAAAUAUCCGAGGAAUAUGGGAAUUAUCAAAGGGCGGCGAAGCAUCGCCUCGAUGGAUUAAUCGAGACGCGAUAUUCCCGCUCGUUUCCGAUUUUCGAGUAACGGUCGCGUCCUCCCUCCCCUCUCCCUCCCCCUCACCGUCAAGAGUCGCGUCGCGAGCUUCUCGGAAUUCUCGUCGUCGCGUCACUUCUCGGAAUUCUCGUCGUCGCGCCACUGCUCGGAAUUUUCUCGAAUCGCGUCGUAUCUCCGAAUUUUGCGCCGCGCGAGAAAAUAUCUUCGGCGCGAUAAAGCAGAGUGUCGAAAUGAAUGCGCUUAUCGAUCGCGAAUGAUUCUCGCGUCGAUUAACGGGCUCGAUCGCGAUCAUUCGCGCGUUGCGAUGUUAUUCGCAAACGAUGUCUCUGUAUAGUGUGUAUAUGUGAAUAGUGAUUAGUGAUCGAUAUUCAGAGGUGCAUCGUGACCGGAGGGAUAUCGAGAUAUUGCCAUUGGAUUAUUGGAGAGACUACGAUUGUUACUCGUUACCACGAUGCUCGAAUAACGGUCUAACGGAGAUCGAUCUCGCCGAUGGACGGAGGUAGAAAGGUCAUGGUGCGGAAAUCGCGAGAGAGAAGGAAGAACAUAGGCGGCGGAUGAGAAACAGAAUGGCUUCGUACCGACGGGCGGAUGUGGGAAACUCGCUGAUAAUCUAUGAAACAUCUGCCGGUAAUUUGACAACUUGGAAGGAUGAACGAAACGGGUCAGUAUCGGCAGCAUGAGUUAUCAAAGCAACGUUCCAGACGCGGAAUCGGAGAGAUUAUCGGGCGCUUCUUGGUGGAAUUCCUCUUCCUAUCGUCGAGAAACCGCAUGCGCCCCUGGAAAAACGAGGCAGCCGCCGGUCAUCCUGGUUACGGCGUUGGCCGCCGGGUCGACCGGACCCCGACGUCGACGGUGUAGCCUGUGCGUGCACUUGCCGCGAGGGAAAGGUGGAUGGCCGCGACCUUGAUGCGCGUGGUUCUCGCGUGCCCGAAGCCUCACGAAGCACGACGAGGACGUCCGAAGCCGAGGAUCAACGUCUGUGUAGAUAUGAAGAACUUAUUUUUCUUGACAUUGGCAACAUUGACUCUGGAACUUUGCGCUCUCACCGCGUGAGAUUAAGAUGACCUCCAGGCUACCCAGCUCGAGUUCAAAGAUCGUCGAGUAGGUCAAGAUAAGGUCGUCCAUAGAAAGGAGUAUACCAGAGGAUGGGGACGGUAGCUUGGACUCAAGGACGCAAUUAUCUGCGAAAAAUCAUACCUCGAAAGUCAACACGCGCGUCAACACUACAGUCCACUUCCAGAGAUACGCCGCUCAACUGCGCGAUUUCUCGCUUUGACUCACGUCGCCGACAAUUUCGUCGAACAUUGCAGUGUGGCCUGUAUGAGAUUUCCGAAAGACCAUCAACUUUAAAUUAGUAAUAAAACUUGGGAGGAUAUCCAAGAGAGAUUCUGAAUUAUGUCUUGUACUAUUAAAAAUGUAUUAUGCAACAUUACUAAAUGUAAUUAUCAGUGAAAUUCUAAUUGAUUGACAAAUCGCACAAUUUAAUAAUCGAUUGGAGGUUCGUUCGAAUUACUCACUGAGAAUAUGUCGACGGCAGCCACUCAUAGAAAUAAAAGAGUUUCACAAUGCGAAAGUUACUCAAUUUUGAAUGACAAAAGUAUUCUGCAUAUAUGAGGAUAAUUUGAUUACAAGACGGAAUUUACAACUAACAAUAAAUUAUAUUAAAAGAAUCAAAAGAGAACGAAGAAGAUAUUUCUGUUUAUACUAUUGGCCAAAUUAUUCACAUUCCAAGCAAAAAAUGGAUCAGAAAGCAUCGCAGCAUCAGCUUUUAUCAAAUGCUUAUCCACCUGACCGAUGAACGGCGAUCAGGUAGCGCAAGGCUACCUGACAAGAAUGAAUACAUAGGGCAUGCGGGCGCGAGUAAGGGCGGCGAGUAAGGGAGGAUCGGCGGAGGGUGCGUUCGCCGGCGCUGUGCUGGCUGGAGAACAGAUUAUUAAAAUCAAACAUGUGUCAAAAUUUCCGUAAUCUUGGAAAUUGGUUAAAAUAAUUAAUGGUUGCGCCAUUGUCUUAUGAAGUAUCCGACUAACAUGAAGAUUUCUGAAAUUUCUGAUGGACAAAGUUGGUACGUUCCUGGUACGACAGAAUUGUUUUAGACUGCGAGGGAGGUGUACUGUCAUCUUUUCCGCACAAAUUUCAGACAGUCGUAUGCGUGCGAUGCCACAUUAAAAUUAAACUGAUCUAUUCUGGAUCUCGUGCCUUGUUCCCCGUCUUUUCACAUGAUGGCCAUUUAUUUACACGAAAAAAAUUGUAUGAAAGGAGAAAGUCCAAUGGGUUAGAAUGAAAUGAAUAGAAGGGAAUCAAGAAUCGGAGUUAGAUAAAUGACCUGUUUGACUCAUUGGUUUUUAUUUUUAAUUUAAUUUGACAAAUAUCCAUUUUUUCUUUUUAUUAUGUAAUACUUUAUGGUUGAAGAGACACAAAUUUAAUGUUGAUACAUCCUAUGUUACGUCAUUAAAUUUAUUAUAUCAUAUUUUAUAUCAGAUUAAUUCAAACAAUCUUAUUGGCCUUUAUUUAAUAUUCAUCAAAUAUUUCUAAACAAAUGAAAUAAAUGUGGAUGGUAGAAAGGGCAGAAAAGUCGGGGAAAAGGGUGAACGGGAAUUGAGAGUUGGUAGCGGGAGAAUGUGGCAAAAGGAGGAGAGAGAGAGAAAGAGAGAAAAAAGAGAAACAAAGAUAGAUAAUGAGGAAGAAGAAAAGAGAGAGAGUGUGUGUGUGUGUAGAGAGAGUAGAGAUAUCGUAGGAUCACCUCCUGCUUAUUGAUUGGUCUUUUGUGAAAGCUACACCCCCAUGUAGCCGCGACGCGAACCAUUUCGCCAAGUCACUAGACUUCCAGGGUAUCGGAUUUCCAGGGUUGCGAUACUUCCAUAUUUGGCGCGGUCGAUCGAACUCUUAAACGCCGCGCGCGAAUCGACACGGUUGACUCUACUCCCGCGCCAAAGAUAAUGUCGCGAACGAUCGAGCCGGCACACAUCCUCGCGACGAGGAAGAUCAUCUCUUGGAAUAAGCGAGCGAACGAAAAAUGACGUAAAGAAAAUUGUGCGAGGGACUUUGACGAUACAGCGACUCUAUAUCGGCAUUGAUCGCUGAGUGACCCAUAUCUGGCAGUGACGGGAGCCCCUACCCCUUCUUACCCCUCCCCUAUUUCCAGUCCCUUUCGACGUUUCUCGCAUCCUGGCGCGCGCGCUUGCUCUCUCUCUUCAACCACCCCCAUUCGCUUACCUUCCCCUAUACCCCGUACGGAGGUGCACCACUACCCCACAUGGGCUGUUGUACCCCCACCUAUUAUACCCUGACGGCGAGCGACCACCACUAUCGGCCCCUACCUCCGACUCCAGCAGCCCUGCCUGCCUUCCACGGUCGAGCAGAUCUUGGGGGUUGUACGGGAUGAUAGCCGAGUGAAAAAGCUUGGCGAGGAGAGUUCGCUCAUCAGCAGCAGCAGCCCUGGCCUGCCACAAUCCCUUUGACUCGGUCAUCGAUGAUCUCAUAUCUAACUACGAAUUAGCCGAUCCGAUGCGAAAGACCGCUGGUACCCCUUAAACGCGAGGCCCCCCGUUUCCGAGAGCUACGAAAACAACUUCCGGCUCGUUUCUGCGAGGCGGAAUUUACAGAGAGAAAUAGAAAUCCCCUUUCGUACUACACUAAAGUCGCACUAUUAAACUGUGUGUGGAAUCGUGUGUGUCGUGCGGUGUGCGCGGCGCGGCUCGACGGGGCGCGCAAAGGCGGGCCGCCCAAUUAAUUAAGAUAGCUCCUAGACACACACGCUAGAUCGAUAGGGACCGGCCACGAUAAAGACUGGCGAGGAUCUCAGACUUCAGGGAUGUUGCAGUGCUGUGGCGUUGGAGGUGGCGCUUCCACGGCACCUCACGCUCCGCAGCUGCAGGGUAUCGGAUCCGCUGUCGGGGCUACCACCUCCACGAGAACCACCAUCAUGCAGGACGCAGUUCUCGAAUCCAUCCUGGAGCAAAUGCGGGAGACGGAAGCCCGACGAGCGGAGCUGGAGAGGCAGCACGCGGAUGCACAGAACCAGCUGCGGGAGAAGAUAGCAGGACGCUAUCAGGGCCCGGAGUCGGUGGAGGCGUUGCAGUCGAAGAUCCGGGAGCUUGAAAAGAAGACGGAGCUGCAGAUAGUGAAGCACGAGGAGCUGUCGCUAGAGCUGACCAGCUUGAGACGUGCGCGUAGCAGAGGACCGAUCGUAGGGCAUGUCACAUCCUCGAGUGUUCCGACAUCCACUUGGCCGACGACCGGCUCCGAGAUUGAUAGAAUCAUCGCCAAGAUCGAGCAGGACAAUAGCACCGGCAGAAUGUUACACGAACUGGAUCACGGGUCGCGGGGCGCGAUAACCACGCAACAACCCUCGGCCACGCAAAGCAUCCUUCGGUCCAGCUCGGAGAAUCUUCCCAACCUCGGCCAGCAUCAACACCCACCUCAUCCGCACGCUCUCAACCUCGGAAUGCCUACCCAAAUGGGCCACUACGCAGGCUCACCAAUGCCGUUAACGCCGAUGAUGCCUGGCUGCCCUCCACUGACGCCGAACGGACCACCGUAUCACUAUAGUGAACCAAUACCGCCGGCGCCAUCACUCUCCAGCAGCCAGUCGCAACCCGCUUUCCAACAGAAGAUCCAACAAUAUCAGCAGCAACAACAUGAUUUAUCGAGUUCCCAUUCCCAAACUCUGUCGUCGCAACAGAAACAGCAGCCACAAACGCACACUUCACACUUUACAAGCAAUCAGUAUCAGGAAAGUUAUCCACAUACGCAAACGUAUCAGCAGCCGCUUCAGCAGCAGCAGCCGCAGCAACAACAUCCGGUCUCGACCACGUACCUGACAUCGGUCAGCCAGAGCGUGAUACCUCACUAUACACAGCCUGCUCAAACAGCCCAGAAUUAUCAAUUGAAUGGCAGUCAACAGGCAACGACAUAUCCUAACUUGUCCAUGGCAUCGCAUCCAAACGGAACUUACAGCACGGGCGCAACCAGCUUCAACACCCAAUUGCCCCAUCACAAUUAUAGUGUGCCGCAGACGAAUAUUGCGCAGACUACAUUGCCCUCGCUAUAUUCCACCACGUCCUACCAUUCCACUCUUGGAGGCCUCACGAGCGUACCUCAGACUGUUCUUCCUUUUUCCACCGGUCAAAGCACUUUCGCCACGAGUGGAUCGACUUAUUCCACUACCGUCGGGACCAACGCUUUUGGGACGUCGGGCGUAACCUCAGGUACUAGUUCGGGAGGCCUGUUACAAGCAAUAGGCGAUCCUCUGCAAGCGAUGCAACAACUCUCCGCCCAAUCACAGGCCAAUCAGCUUCAGCAGCAGGCAAUCAUCCAGCAGAUCCAGCAGAGCUUACGCGCCAGUUCGCCGACCGCACCCAGUACCGCUACUGGCCAUCAUUUUCUAGGUCCCAGGCAAAUGCCGAAGAUACCUACGAGUAUAUUAACGAAUCCCCUGGAUCGAUUGACCAACACCGAAGAUAUUAUGCCCGAAGGUCAAGUAGAUAUGCUGGACGUGCCCGGCAAAGGCAGAUGUUAUGUUUACAUAGCCCGUUUUACUUAUGAACCAUUCCAACACUCACCGAACGCAAAUCCGGAAGCGGAACUGCCAGUCCAGGGUGGCGAUUAUCUCUUAGUUUGGGGCCAGCCGGACGAAGAUGGUUUUCUGGAUGCAGAGACGCUCGACGGUAGACGCGGUCUGGUGCCGGCCAAUUUUGUGCAGAAGUUGGUCGGCGAUGAUCUAUUAGAAUUUCAUCAAGCUGUUCUUGGCCUUAGAGACGUGGAUGAUUCCGCCUCGACGAAUAUCCCUCAAUGCUAUCUGCAAGAUAUUGAUUUAGAAUUAGCCGCGUUAGAAGAAGGUAAUCGGAAUCGUCAAGCAGAAUUGUCCGCAUAUGCGGAACUUGAUAAUAUCGCGGAAGAGGAUGAACAAGAACCACCAGAAGUCUACAUGUUUUCGGACCUAGUUCCGGCGCCGCAGCACCUCACACUCGAGCGGCAACUCAACAAAAGCGUGCUGAUCGGAUGGACCGCGCCCGAGGACACGCACCAACUUGAGUCUUAUCAUGUCUACGUGGACGGAGUGCUAAAAGUCACGGUGAAGGCCACUGAGAGGACCAGAGCCUUAGUAGAAGGAGUUGAUUCUACUCGGCCACACAGAAUAAGCGUGCGUUCGGUCACGCAUUCGAGAAGAACAUCGCGCGAUGCUGCUUGUACGAUGGUGAUCGGUAAGGAUGUCGCGCUAGGUCCAACCGCCGUCAAAGCGUCGAACGUCACGGCAACCAGCGCUGUAAUAUCCUGGUUACCCAGUAAUAGCAAUCAUCAACACGUCGUAUGUGUAAACAACGUGGAAGUGAGAACCGUGAAGCCGGGCGUUUACAGGCAUACUAUCACCGGCCUGGCCCCGUCGACGAUAUAUAGGGUGACCGUCAAGGCGAAGAAUCUACGGGCGACACAUUUCGAGGACCAAAAUGCCCAGGCAGCAAAUAACUUGGCCUGUCACGUCCACUUUAAGACGUUACCCAAGGGACUACCAGAUCCUCCGGUCGAUAUCCAGGUGGAGGCUGGACCGCAGGACGGCACUUUGCUAGUGACCUGGCAGCCUGUUGCCCUAAACGGUUCGGCCGUCACCGGUUACGCGGUGUACGCCGAUGGUAAGAAGGUCACCGAUGUCGACAGCCCCACCGGCGAUCAUGCACUUGUCGAUAUACACAAGCUUAUGGGUCUUAACCCAAAGCACAUCACCGUCAGGACUAAGAGCAGGGAGAGUCAGUCGGGUGACAGUUGCGCAACGGCGAUACCUUGCAGCGUGCUUCGCGGGGGUGCUACCGCAGCUCACAUGCCGUCCCACGGUGGACCCCCGCAUAUGGUGGACCAACGACAGCAACAGUCUACCGGCAUGGUUCCCCAACAGGAUGAUUCUUCUCGUCAUCGCAUGACUAGUCAACGAUACCCAAAUGCACCGAUGCCCUCGCACAUGCGACGACACGUGAGCAAUAGGAUGGACGCCCACGGUCAGGUUAUCAUCGAGACGGACGAAAAUCUUUCCGACAAAGAGAUCUAUCCUGGACAGAGUAUUCCUCAAAUGGGUAUUCCAGAGAUUACGAAGGAUUCGGCGAGCGAGGCAAAUUACAGCGAGGAAGAUGAUCCUACGCGAAGAUCGCGAGGAAUGCCGCCGCAGCAUCACGGCCCGCAUCAUCGUUAUUCCCAAAUGGAUUCACAAGGUCCACCUGGCACGCAUAGGUCUCCUAACAUGGGUGGUCCCAGCGGUAGACCUCAAGAUCCUUAUUAUGACCAAACGGGAUCUCAAAGGGGAAGAGGUCCAGUUUAUCGUGGUGGACGCGGCACGCAAGCUCAAGGUGGGGCAAGUCAUCCAACAAGUGCAGCUCAACAGAUGAACAAGAGGCAGCGAUGGUUCGUAGCGCUGUUCGAUUAUGAUCCCACAACCAUGUCACCAAAUCCAGACGCGUGCGAGGAGGAAUUACCAUUUUCUGAAGGCGAUACCAUUAAGGUGUACGGCGAGAAAGAUGCCGAUGGUUUUUACUGGGGCGAGUGUCGGGGUAGACGAGGAUACGUUCCUUAUAACAUGGUAGAGGAGCUUAAAGAUCCGCCGGGUCAAGGUCAACCUAGUAGGAGAGGACCUGCACAAAACGAGAGAUGGGGAGACAUUUACGCGAGUAUGCCCGUGAAAAAGAUGAUAGCUCUCUAUGAUUAUGAUCCUCACGAAUUAUCUCCCAACGUUGAUGCUCAAGUGGAAUUAACGUUCCAAACUGGAAAUGAAAUCUACGUUUACGGCGACAUGGACGAUGACGGCUUUUACAUGGGCGAGCUGAACGGAGUACGCGGUUUAGUGCCAAGUAAUUUCCUCACCGAGGCACCUGGACAGAAUCAGGGACAACCGCCGCCAGGUAGUAGGCGACCUGGCGGCCAAAGUCAGGGACCGGGCGCGAGAGGGCCGCCGCCGCCUCCACGGGAACCACCCCCAGCUGGUCAUCGACGUGGCAAAGAUGCCUGCAUUGUGCCUGUGUCUGUCCCUGUCUGUCACUUAGACUCUAGACAACUACAACAACAACCACCACUAAUGAACAACCAACAACAUCAACUACAACAUCAAAACAAUCCACCGCAUCUAGCCUACCAACAAGCGAAUCACCACAGCUACACGACCGUAACCACGUCCAAUCAACAUGGGCCCAGUCACUUGCCACCCGGCGGCGGUGUCAUGGGUGCCCAUCAGCAAGGUCCCGUACCGCCCCACCUUCAGCAACAGGGGAAGGGGAGGGGCGGCGUGGUCAAUCGAGUCGCUGGUAGUAACAUGCCGGGUGUGCAAGGCCAACACCUUCAACAACAACAGCAAGACUAUCAGAACCAGCCAAAUCAACCGUAUCAGCAACAGCAGCAGCAGCCAAAUCAGCCGUAUCAGCAGCAACAACCAAAUCUAGGAUACCAACAGCAACCGCAACAAUUCCAACAGCCACAGCAGCAGCAGCAACCAGGCCAGCCAUUUUCGCAACAGAAUCAACAGGGCGGACCUGGAAUGCAGCCUCCUCAGAGCACCAGCAAGCCCAUGAGAGGAAUACCGGCAGUGCUGCCGACGGCACAGUCCAAGACGCAACCUAACACGCAGCAGAAUCAGCAGCAACAACAGCCACAACAACAGAGCACCGGGCCGAACUUGAUGCAAAAGUUCACCGAGAUGGCAGGCGCGAGUGCAGGUGGCGACAUACUAUCCAAGGGUAAAGAGCUGAUCUUUAUGAAGUUUGGAUUGGGCAAGUGAGAAGGAGCGAUCGUUGAUGGCGCGAUGACGAUAAUUAUGAUGAUGAUGACGACGCGUUAUCGCGAAUGCUUUCGUUUCUUUCUUUUUGCACUCGACGUCCACAUUUGAGACGUACGCAAGUUGUCGAUCUUUUGACAAGUUGUGCAUAAAAUCAGUAUUACGACGAAUGUUGUUUCACGGUAAAAGAAAUAUAUAAUAAUGAAUAUGCCGGACAUGUUGUUGCUGAAUACAAGAUGGCGAAGAAGAGGCGAAGAAUCUGCGCCGCCAUCGCUGCUGCUGCUGUUGUUAUCCGCUAUUAAUAACCGUUAAUUGUGCGUAAAUUGUAUUAUAAUAAAAGAAAGAAAUGCUGGACAAAUAUAAUUGAGGACGAACCUUGGAAGAGAGAAAGAACAUUCGGUGGAGACCGUUCGGGAUGAAAAAAAAGAUAUGGUAGGUUCACGCCGAGAAUCGACAUUAACGAUUUCAUCGAGAAGAAACAAGAGAUACGUAUGAGAUUCAUCAAACUUCUUCUUAAUAUUCCUUCUCCAAAAUUUUCUUCUUCUUCGAGUGACGGUAGGAUCCUCGAUCGGUGUUGCAUGAUCUAUUAAAAAAAAAAAAGAUAUUUGCCGAUUGUUCGUCCACCAAGAAUCUCCCAACAUAAACGAGAUAAUCAAUGCCAGAAACAUGGAAUUCCACAUUCAACUAUCAGCGUCGUGUCUUAUAAAUCGCGUAUCCAUGCGACUAUUUCUUCCAAUCUCUCUUCGUCCUCUUCGAACCUCGCAUUAUUCGGAACUGCCAUUCGGUUAUCAGAGCAAACAAAACGUUCGCCGCGAUUAUAUCGAAUGUGAGAAAAGAAAUCGCGCGUAUUAAAAAAAAAGGCAGAAAGUGCGCACUAGCGUAACGAAACCAGAGAAAUCGAAAACCGAAUUUUUCGUCGCGAAAGGAAAAAAGAGGCCGACCUAGAGAGGGAUAACCAUAUCGUCGUAUAGGAAUAAGGAUGCGACAACAACAUGGGUGUGCCUUGGAGAACUAUCUCACCCAGCAGCAACCAAUAAUCAUAUCUCUAAUCGAUAAUUCUCUAGCUAUUUUUUCCUUUCCUCGUGGAAAUCAAGCGCUAUAUGGAGAGCCGUGGCGGCGCAUACACAAAUAAAUGAUGACGAUUUUUCGUCUUGAGAAUUUUCUCUUGUUCCCAUGUGUGUGUGUGUGUGUGUGUAUGAGACUGGAAAAGCUCCUUUCCCUCUCUUUGCGUACCUCAUACUCUUUGCGUACGUCCACCUUCUUAUAUUCUCCUCCUCUGCUUCUACUUUAGCAUCCCUUUGGAUGGAUCCGCGCGCGUAGAAUCGUCGCAUUUGGACCGCGAGAGAGAGAGAGAGAGAGAGAGAGAGAGAGAGAGAGAGAGAGAUCUCGGUUCUUUGUAUUUUCGGAUGAAUCUCGGGUUUAAGAUUGCUUGUUCGAUCGAAAGAAUCGAGCAAAUUGAUUUGUUGUGUUCAAAGAUUGAACACAAUGAUGAUGGGAUUGUUUAUCGUCUGGCCGUCGUAAACGGCGCACAAAAAUCGGACAUGAAAUCAAGCGAUGACGGACACCAAUGAAACGCUAAUGUGAAACACUACUCGAUCAUUCGAUCCAGGUACGCGAAUCGGCCGCGUAUCGAAUGAUGACUAUAUAUCAUAACUGUGUGGAUGUGUGCGUAUGAGUGAGACAGGCGAAGUGGAAUGAGAGAUCAUAGUGUACGCAAGUAUUAAAUAAUAAUGGGAUAUACAUAUGCAUAUACAGAUAUACAUACAUACAUACAUACAUACAUACAUACAUACAUACAUACAUACAUACAUAUAUAUAUAUAUAUAUAUAUAUAUACAUACACAUACACACACACAUACACAUACAUACAUAUAUUUACACACACACACACACACACACACACACACACACACACACACACACACACACACACACAUAUAUAUAUAUAUUAUAUUUAACUAUUGCAAAAUGUUGUUACAUCGCUACUUGUAUCGUAUUUUGUACAAAGUAUCUUUACCUUUGAUUGUUUUCUUUCGCCAAGAUAUCUUUAAUGAGGAAAAAAAUAUGGCGGGGAAAGAGCGACGAAUUUUUUCUGGAUUCACUGUCUAGUCAUUCAUCAUCAUCAUCUUUAUCAUCAUCACAUAAAAAAGAUUGUCACACUCUUCAAUGCAAUCUUGUAUUUAAUUGUUAUUACUCGCAUCUAUCUUUGUACACGUUCUUCAUGCAUAUUUUUUCGGCGACAGUGAAUAUAUAUAUAUAGCGAGACAAGCUCGAAAUUUUUAAAAGAAAAAAGCACUGCGUAGAGGGAGAUAAUCAUUUCUGUCAAAAAUGAAACAAUUUCUAAUUCAAGAUGGCAAUUUAAUCCUUUUAUCUCUUAGAACACAUCAAUUAUAAUAUGAUUUUUUUUUAAGGGGAGGAAAAAGAAAAAUAUGUAAUCUCAUAAUAAUGUUGCCAUUACACUUUGUUAGAGUUUAGAAUGUUAAAUAUUCGAAAGCGAAAUUGAGAAGAUUAAUGCUGCGAUUAAAAAAAAAAAAAUGCAAAAUGAUGUUAAAAAAAAACGAUGUAUAAUAGGAACAUCAUGUAUACGUCAUUAUGGACCAAAGCAAAGUCUCUCACAUCAGAAAGUCUAAAUUUAUUGUCUCAAUAAAAAUUAAUUAAAUAGCUAAUUUUUUUUAGUGUAUAAUGAGCCUGUCCACGUUAGCUAUUUUAUGAUUUUAAUUUGUCAUCGUAUUGAUGAGACAGAUUUUUAUAUGUAAAAAGAAAAAAUUUAUGAAAAAACCUCGGAAUAACGAAGAUGAUCGGAGAGAUGCUAUAUAUUGAGAUAUACAUAUGUAUAUGUGGAAAGAUUAAUUGAAAGAGACAAAUGGUAUCUCCCUGACACAGUGCUUUCCUCAUCAGGCAAUCUUAAUUGAUCACACUUGCAUUGAGCGAGUCUGUCCGAAUCAGACGUAUAUCAUGACAAAUCUUGAGAUUUCUUCUUUUUUUUUUUACUUUUUUCGUUUUACGUUCAAAUUUGCCAUAUGAUUUGGUAAGACGGCGGUACUUAAAUGAGUUCAACGAGCUCGAUUAAUUGAUCAGAUCCAGUGGUGUAGCGUCGGACGAUCAUGUGAGAUUUUAUCUUAAAUGCGAGAUGAAUCUGCGACGAUGUCAACUAUUAUAUAAUGAAUCUUCGUGAACGCUUGCUAAAUUAUUUUUGCUUCUCGUUGUAUAUUUUUCGAUUAAAUAAUUGUACAUAAAUUUGCACUUGCAAGAAGAAGGAAAAUAUUGAUGUUCAUUUAUGGAACUACACGACUGGAUAUGGGUGGUUGACAGAAUUGAAAAGUCCUUUGGGUUUGUGGAAUACGUCUCUUCAUGCACACCAGCUUCUGAGCUUUCAGCGACUUUACAUUCAUUAUUUUCUUCCUCUACACGCUCUUAACUAUUACAACAACACCGUUAUUCAUAUCCGAAAUCGUAAUCUUGAUUCAGGCGAUGUGAAAAAAAAGACUGAUAUCGAAGUUUCCAAUGCGCCCCUUUCUCCCCUCUUUCUGCGAAUGUAAUAACGAAUACCAAAAACACUAAUAGAACGAGUGUUUGUAUCUCUUGUGUAUAUCGCGAUCGUUAUAUGUUUUUUCGGUUGUCUCCUGCGUUUUCGUAUCUAUAGUACAUAGUCGUGCAUAGUUUCACGCGAGCGAGAAAGUAUACACGUUUGUUAUGAACUUUAAAAAAUUGAUUAUAGGCAUAAAAGAAGGAAAAGAAAAUGAGAGCAAGAAAUAUAUAUAUAUAUAUAUAUGCGAGCGACACGAGAUGUUGAGCGGAGUUCCAAGAAGAGAGAGAGAGCGAAUCUUUAAAGGAGAAAGAAAAAAAUUGUGAGAGAGAAGGAAAAAAGAAACAGAGACUUAUGCGGAGCGCAUUAGUGCUUUUACUUACGGUACAAAGUUGAAGAGAGAAAGAGAAAGAGAGAAGAGUAAGCAUUUUUACUUAUCAUUCGUCAGACUUUUAGAGCAUUUAAAACGCAUCCCCCUAUAUACGACUUUCGCGUGAACAAUCUUGGUUGUAUAUCUCGCGUUCAAACGGAUUAUCCGCGAUCUUUGUCCCUUAAUUCAGACCAAGUGCUAGCGAUCUAUAAAGGAGAACAAUAAAAUAGCGAAAUGCGACGAUCUUUCCGCAGAUAGGAUUACGUGAUGGUAAAACUCGUCAAAGCUCCUGAUCCGUCAUUGCGUUAUAAUGUCUCGCGAUCAUUGGAUUACAAUAAAUCAUAUCUCGGUGGCGGAAAAUUAUUUUAUCUUGUAUCUGCAAUCGCGCCGGAUAGUUGAUUUUUCUUUCUUUAUAUGUCGUCACGACGCAAUCUAUGAAAUAUGGAAUUUGCAUUUUAACUGCAAAAACUGUGAAAUUCCUGCAUUAUUAAGAGUCUUCAUUUUUAUUACAUUUGCGCUAUAUUUAAUAUGUAAUUAAUUUAAACAGUUCACAAUUCUGGCUCAGAAAAGAAAAUAACGAGUAAUUUUUUUGUCUGAUUUAAGAUCAUUUUCACAAUGACGAAUCAUCAGCGUUAACCGACCAUAUAGGACUGUAUAGAGGUGGAUUCCUCGAGAUCGCGUUUAUAUUAAGACUCACGCCUAUCUCACUGUAUAUUCUCAUCAUUAUCGACUUAGAAGCUACUGAAUGAUGAACGAUCCGUGUAGCUCUUUUGAUAUCGCGACAAUCGACGUCGGGAAGAAAAUCGUCGACCCAGCGAGCGAGCGAGCGAAUUUUCAAAACUGAAAGGAACGCAGAUGCACCCAAUGAAUCCUACUUUUCUCCGGACGUUUCUUUCGGUAGAUACUUUUAGGCGUAAGGCACUGGGUUAAUUUCACCUACUAGGUGUCGAAUAGAAUAGAAUGUAAUGCCCAUCCCCCUCCGCCCCCUUCUUCCCACAUAUAUAUACACACACACAGAUAUACACGUACAUGCAUCCCGGGCCGAUACGCGUCAAUAGAAAUCUCGUGGAGUCCGUUUGAGAAUCUUGCUAUCACGAGAGCGGUUUUCGAUAGUAAAGCAUUUCACAAAUAAAAAAGAAAUGUGACUGUUUAUUCUUGAAAAAUUGUACAAUUUCUGCGCUGGAAGUAAACAUUCAAUGAUUAUGUUUGAAUCUUACUUUCCGAGAUAUUUAAUAUAUUUUGGAUUCGAAAAGAUCUCUGUCGAUUGAAAUUGAGGAAUUUCUAAACUCUCUAGAUAUUAAUCUUAAACGGACGCCGAGGCGAUUUAACGAGAUCGACGACACUUUGUCCUGGGACCUUUGUUUGUCGUAGAAAGACUCCACUGACAGAGGGAGAGAGCGCGCGAUAAAACGAAUCAAACUGACCGAUAGGUAGACGAUAUAAGAAGGAAAGAUUAGAGAAGCUAUCCGAACGGUUAUUAAUUAGUCGCUAAUUUUUAUCAUUCUUUCUCAAGAUAUUAAAAAACAUAUGAAGAGGUGCAGAAGAUAGCGCAAAUCGACUGUGUACACGUAUGAUGUUUUAAUAUAAACGGAAAGGGAAAAAAAAGAAAAUAUUAUAUCGUCUCUUAUGCAUGCCAAGAGAAAGAGAAAGAGAGAGAGAGAGAGAGAGAUAGAGAAACGCUAGCUAUGUUUGUCAUUCAAUAAUCUUGCGCUUUGUUUUUUUCUAUCAAUCGGUGCGUGUAACGAAUCUCAUUCCUUGCUAGGUCGAAGUGAGAAAUAAGAAACAGGAAGACAAAAAGCUGCUAAAUACAUGUAAGAGGAAAGGGAGAUUUAAAGAAAAGAAAGCCCACAAAAACACACACAAUGUUAUUAUAAACGAUUAAUUAAUAAAAAACGAAUCUUGUUUGUUGUUA